AAUUCGAAUCAGUCCGCUCUAGGCUGUCGCCGAGUGAAUACGUGCGCUGAUGAAGCAACUUUGAAAAUAUGUUUACGAUUCUCCAGUGUUUACAAAUAGUGUUUUUGUGACUGAGUCAUUUAUUAUGCUAUACAAAAACAGUGUUGUAUUAUUAUUGUGAAUAAGUUACAAUGGCUCGGAUUUUUUUAUUCCUAUUCUGUGCAUGGCUGGUAGUUGCAGCUGAAGAAGGCGAAGGUGGAAAGUGCGAAAGGAUCAAACUACCAUUAUGCCAGGAUUUGAGAUACAAUUGGACUGUCAUGCCGAAUCUGUUGGGUCACAGGGAUCAAAAAGAAGCAGAGGAAGCUAUGGAGGCGUAUACUAGCAUCCUGUCAAGCGGGUGCUCCACACACGCGCGGUUCCUCCUUUGCUCGGCCUUUGCGCCGCUCUGCACGGAACAAGUCUCGGGCUCCGUCAGCGCCUGCCGCGCCCUUUGCGAGACCGUCGCAGAAGACUGCAAGGACCAGCUCAAACAAAGCACUGUCAAGCUAGACUGCUCUCUCUUCCCUGACAAAGCAAGAAGACUUUGCAUGAAACCACCUAAUGCCAGCGAACUGGAACCAGAACCCCCGCAUCCGCCCCGCUGGCCGUUCCAAGACCAUGAGCUGAGAGAACACGGCUGCCCUCCAGCCCACACUCGAGCUCCAACAGGCGAAUGCUGGCCUGCGUGCGGACAACACGCACGCUACAGCCAAACUGACAAACGAACAGUCGAAAUUUGGAUGACAACCUUAGCCUGGUUCUCACUUCUAUCAACAUCAUUUGCGCUGUUAACAUUCUGCGCGGAACCUUCACGGUUCAGAUACCCUGAACGCCCAGUAGUGUGGAUGGCGACGUGCCACGCUAUCGUCGGAUUAGCAUACGUGGCAAGAAGCUGGCUAGGCGCUAAGUUGGUAUCAUGCUCCGGUACCACAUUAGCUGUUGACGGGCUGGCAUCGCCGACUUGCGUCGCUUUCUUCUCAUUAACUUACUACUUUACGUUAGCUGCCGACGCGUGGUUUGCAAACGCCUGCGUCGCGUGGUACCUGACUGCUGCUAGCGAGUGGUCCAGUGAAGCUUUGGAGCGGGCAGCCGCAUAUUUACACGCCGUAGCGUGGGGCUGGGCGGGAGCGUGGACGGCAGCCGCUUUGGCGCUGAGACGAGUAACCGCUGACGAAUUGACUGGAACAUGUGGGAUUUCGGACGCAGCGGCUGCAGCGCUCGUAGGAGUACCCAGGGGAGCGUUGCUUGUGACGUCGGUAGCUCUAGCUAUUGGAGCGUGUCCUGGGAUAAUGAGAGUACGAAGAGUGUUGGAUUCGAGAGGUGCGAAAAGAGUAGGGAGAUUGGCAGCGAGGGCUGCAGCCGCUGGAGCGCUGUAUUUCAUUCUUGCAGCGAGCGGGACUGUAGUGAAGAUCUUUGAGGCCAGAAUGAGAGAAGCCCAGAGUGGGUUAGCGCUAUUAGCGGCGUUGGAAGCUGGGACUAUGGAGGACACCGCUGGAUCGAAUGGAUUUUCGAUAUGUUUGUGGUUAUCUUGUGGGAUAGCCGCUGGGGCGUGGGCUUGGUCAAAAAAGUCAAUUGUGGUGUGGCGGAAAGCGCUGUGCCCCCCUAGAAAGGCCCCCUGCUGCUCUCCCCCCUUGUUACGCCCCCACCAUCCGUAUUACAAAAGACCUUUGCACGUGUCUAGAGUGUGAUAGUUGUAGUUGUAAGAUUCGUCUCAAAGACUUAUGUAAAAACCGUUAAGUGCCUAUUAUGCCUUCUGUGAAGGUACUCUCGAUUGUAAAUAAUGUACAUAGUAAAAAUUUGAUAUAAUAUACUGUUGAUUUUAUUCAUAA